UCUAGCAAAAAAACUAUUGGAGCGGCUUCCAGAUAAAAAACCGCAUGUGUUUAUAAACUUUCAGCUAGCAUCGUACUGUGAUAUGAUGUAUGUAUGCAUUGUUUCACUCAUUACUUUUUUUGUGACUUUAAAGUUUAUUAAACUUUUGCAGUUUAACCAUCAUGUUUCGAUGAUUUCUUAUACAUUAAAAGCUGCGUGGUAUCCUUUAUCAAUGUUUGGAAUUGUCUUUUUUAUCAUUUUGUGUUCGUUUGUUACCUUUUCUAAUAUUGCGUUUGGUGCAUUAAUGGGUGAAUACAAGACGUAUUUCGAGUCAAUAGUUUCAACUUUUUCAUUAUUGUUAGGAAAAUUCAGUUUUAAUCAAUAUAAACACGCUAACAUUGUUCUGGGGCCAAUAUUUUUUUUUAGUUUCAAUGUUAUAAUAAUUUGGAUCAUAAUGAACAUGUUCCUAUCCAUUUUAAACGAUGCCUUUAGCAUGGUUCGUACAAAUCCUGAUUGCCAAAAUAAUGAUUAUGAGAUGGUUAAUUUUAUAUUGGAACACUUAAAAGGUUGGUUUAAACAAAGAAAGAAAAAAACAAUGACGCCAACACGAACACAAUCAGAAAGAAAAACUGGCCCUAAUAUUAAAACCAUACAAGUUGCAGAAUAUGAUAGCGAGCCUUUAAGAAAAUACGACGCCGACUGUCAAACAGAAUUCAAUCGAGUAUCUUCAAAAAUCAUGGAAAAUGAAGACUUACAUGCUGUUGAAUCGACAUACACUUCAUUCGAUGACUUACUUUCGAAAUUUAAUUACUUAUUGAAUGAGAGCAAACUCGAUAAUGAAAUAAGUGAAACAAUCGAUCAAAUAUUCGAUGAAGAUUUAUUCAAAAAGUUUAUUGAUUGUAUGAAGGUUGCCCAUUGGACUAAUAAAAGAUCAAACGUGAAAGAAUUAAUAAAUUAAAUAUUAUGGACAUUGAAGAAGAAAUAUAUCAAUAAUUUAUUAUUUUUUAUGAUUAUUUGUAUUAAGUAAGAAUUUAAGCAAAAACUGAAGUCGUUUCA